UUCCCCCCCAUAAGAGGACAGGAGGCAGAUCUCAGGACGUGCAGGACGAGGCAGAGCUGCUGGGACCACUGAAGGAAAGGGUUUAAAUUAGGCUGAGCUGCGACAGUGACGUCAGAGGAGCGCUGAAAAAGACUUUUCAGCUGGAAAAGAACAAAAAAUACUAAUUUGUUUCUCAGCAACGCUUAAUAAACCAGAUUGCUCCACCAUGGGUGUGAAGAUGCUGCAGUGUUUUCCUUUUUACAGGCGCUGCAAAGAGCGCUGCAAGAGCAGGGAGGCCCCCCCACCAGCAGUUCCCACAGAGGAAACUAAGCCUCGUUUGUCCUCCACGACGUCAUGGAGCAGCGACAGCGAAGGAGUGGGUAGCCUCAGCCGGGGCACCCAGAUCUACUUCUCCACCAAGGCCAGGCUGUCCUUCAGACACCAACUGGACAGCAACAUCAACGCCGUGGACGCCACCUACUGAGAUGAUCAGAUGACUGCAGAGGAGGCAGUCAGACCCCAUUGCAGGAUCAAAAGACCUGCAGACCACAAACCGUUGGUCGUCUACAGCUUCGACCUGCAGUCUCUUAUGCAUCUUCAUCUCUGAGAGAACUCUAGAGGUUUCAUUAAGUCUGAGGAGAACGGACUAAUAUGUCAGCUUAACUCUGGAAACAGUGGACUCAUAUGAACAGACUGAUGAGAGAGCAGAAGACAUGGUCGUUUACAGCUUCCUUCACCAUUAAGUGCAUUACUUUUUUUUAUGUUUUAUGUUUUUUUAUGUGUCGACAUUUUGGGGGAAAAAAAUGCAUGUUUUCACUUAACAGUAGAUAUUUUAGCAUUUUGAGUAAUUCCCUCUAAAUCACAGAACUAACAAUAUUUAACUUUUUACAAGCUAAUUGUGAAACACUACAAAAUAAUAAUAAAAAAGUGCUUUUUUUAAUGUCAUUUCUUUUUGUAACAGAAAAUAAACCUAGAGAUCAGACAUGGAAAUAUAGCUUCAACUUCUUUAUGUGGUGUUAUGAAAUGAAGUAAACUGAGCCACACUUCAUUUUUACUGUAUAUCUGCUGUUAUUUAACCCCAACUCCUUUUCAAUGAAAUACUCUAAUGCUAAGAUCCUUUAAUGUAAUAGCUUACAAUGAACUGACACUCUAAUAUGUGGAGAUAAUUUCUUCAUCUAUCACCUAAACUAAUAUGUUCUGAUCUGUAGUACUCUAACAAGAUUUAUAAUAAAAUGUCUGUUUUAUAUAUGAAUA